AUGUUGCGCUUCUUGUGCCUUCCCGGUGCCUACGGCAGCUCGGACAAAUUCCAAGUUCAACUUGCCCCCAUCUUGAAGGAGCUUACUGAGGAUGGCACGGCUCAGUUCCACUUCAUCCAUGGACCUUGCAAGGCCGUCCCGCCUCCGGGAUUUGAGGACUAUUUCGGAGCUCCCCCCUACUACCGCUUCAUCGAGCCCGAUAGAGAUGUUGAGAAGUCUCACAGCGACGAUGUCCUCAUGCGCAUUCGUGACUUCCCCGACUGCGAGACCCCCGAAGACACGAUGAGAGAGCUCAUGAGAGAAGGCAUCGCAACCACCCACCGCAGUACCGACAGAGCCAUCAAGUUCCUGGCCGACAUUGUCGCGAAGCGCGGCCCCUUUGACGGCAUCAUCGGCUACUCCGAGGGCGCCACUGUGGCAUCCACCUUUAUGCUUUACGAGCAGCGUCGUCUCAAGCGCUCCGGCAUCAAGCCGGCGUUCAAGUAUGGCAUCUUCUUUGCUGGCUGGCCUCCGGUCGACCCCAAGACUCACGCCCUGGUCCUCUCUGACGAGAGCGAGGAGCGCAUCGAGGCCCGCACCUUGCACAUCAUCGGAUCCUUGGAUCCUUAUGUCGAUGGUUCUAUGGCCCUUUACAACAUGUGCGAUCCCGACACCGCAUAUCUUUUCGACCACGCCAAGGGCCAUACCCUACCCCGUGACAAGGAUACCAUCAAGGAGCUUGGCGACAUCAUCCGCGAGACCCAGGCUGACAUGCAAGAAGAGGGUCUCUUGUCGUAA